AGUCCUCCGUUCCGUUCCAGAUAAAUCCGGUUCGGUUCUUUUUCUCCGUGGGGCUCGACCGCUUCCAUCACGCUCUCGGAAGGAUGGCGUUCGUCGACGCCGACAAGCUCAGUUACGAGAUCUUCUCCGUCCUCGAGAGCAAGUUCCUCUUCGGCCUCGACGACCCCAACAAGCUCUUCUUCCCCACUUCCUCCUACUCCUCAGCUGGCGCCUCCCCCCGGACCGCCGCAGGUGCCCGAGGAAGGAUCCGGAUCCUGUCCAUCGACGGCGGCGGCAGCCCCUCCGAUGCCCUCCUCGCCGCGGUCGCCCUCGCCCGGCUCGAGUCCUCCCUCCGUCACCGUUCCGGCGACCCAUCCGCCCGCGUUGCCUACAUGUUCGACGUCGCGGCCGGCUCCGGCGCCGGCGGCGUCCUCGUCGCGAUGCUCUUUACCAGGGACCACGACGGUCGGCCCUUGUUCUCCGCAACCGACGCCCUGCACCUCCUCGUCUCCGAGAGCCGCCGCCGCGGGCGCGGCUUCUCCUCCGGGAGGGGCCUAUUCCGUGGGAUGUUCCGUCGACCCGGGAGUUUCUUCCGUCGGAUCUUCGGCGACGCGACGCUGAGGGACACCGUCAAGCCGGUGCUCAUCCCGUGCUACGACUUCGCCACGGGGGCGCCGUUCCUCUUCUCGCGGGCUGACGCGGUAGAGGCAGACGGGUACGACUUCCGGAUGUGGGAAGUGUGCGCGGCCACGUGCGCCGACGCAUCCACCGCGGCGGUCGAUCUGCGGUCGGUGGACGGGCGGACGCGCGUCACCGCGGUGGGCGCCGGGGUGGCGAUGGCCAACCCUGUGGCCGCGGCCAUCACGCACGUCCUCCACAACAAGCCGGAGUUCCCGUUCGCGGCCGGGGUGGAAGACCUCAUGGUGGUGUCUCUCGGCGCUUCCGCCCCCGCGCCAGCCGCACCGGGUGACGCUGAGCUCGUCAGGAUCGCUGGCGAGGGCUUCGCCGACAUGGUGGAUCAAGCGGUGGCGACGGCAUUCGGACACCGUAGAGCAAGCAAUUACCUGCGCAUACAGGACACCGCAUUCAUGUCGGGAAAUUGCACGUCAAAGACGACGAGCUCGAAGAGCUCGGUGGAGGCAACAGAACGCGUUCUGUCACAGCGACACGUGGAGUCGCUGCUCUUCAGAGGGCGAGGAAAGAUCUCGGAGCGGACCAACGGCGACGAGCUCGAUCGAUUCGCGGAGGAGCUCGUAAAGGAGGAGUGGAGGAAGAAGGGCCUGAUCCCGACGGUGGUGCUAAAGCAAGUGAUGACGCCGCGAACGUCGUCGACGACGACCGCGACUACGGUCACCGUUACCAUGACUAUUUCUACGAGCACGACAUCGACAUGAUGGAGACGGUGGAGUCGAGAUAGCUGCUUGUGCAUAGACUGUUGUGGGCUCUAAAAUGUGUGUUUUCCUUAGCGGAGGGUAUGACAUGGGAAAUCAAUUCAAGCUUGGAAAUUGUUGGCUAAAUUAUUAAUGCGGUAGAAAUGUGAAUUUGGAUCUCUCAUAUUAAUUGUGCUUGGAAUUCAAGAUGGACACUAUUUUACCUUCGAACUUAUGAUUCCCAAUUAUAUGUGAUCAUCUAAAUGAUUUUUGGAACAUAAUGGCUUUCUUUGGAAAAAAUCAACAUAUGAUAGCAUUAAGAAGCAAUCUAAAACCCAAGUAUAAUCGAGCGUUGGAGUCAAAAUAGCACUCGUUUGACCAAUGUGAUGUAGUUGCAUUAUUGAAGGGUUUAACCUCUGAACUACAAUGAGGCUGACUUCUCACUCGAGUUGAUGAUGAACACAUCACUGAGAGUGAAGUGACAAGACUGGUGCAACUCUAGGUUUGGCAAGACGAGCCACGGCCCACUGCAUGAGCGCCAAGGAGUUGCUGGCAUCUGGAAAGUAGUAGUAACCUUAUGCUAAAAUAAAGAUUCAGUCAGACAAUGCUAUUACUGUGGGUUAACCUCUUAAAAGAGGUGAAGACAGUGCUAUUACUCCCAUUGUUAACACAGCUCAUGAUAUGUAAUAAAGAAUGAUGCACAUAUAACAAUGGGAGUUUGCUCAAGAACAUUCUUGGUAAUUACUUUCUUAACUAUAUAUAUAUAAUGAUGUGCAGAUGACAAUGGGAGGUUGCUGAAGAACUUUCUUGGUAACUUACCUUGAGUCAACUCUGGUCUCUAAGAUUCCACAGCUGAUACCCACAAGAGUAAGACAAAUCUAUUUGUGUGAUCCAAUGCACAAGAAAGGAUCUGUACCUCUACUUGUUGGUUUUGUUUCUUCCUAUGCUGUGGUAGCAUCUCUGGGGAUUUGCACUAUUGUCCUUAGAUGUGUAGUUUAACAGCUUAAGAUUUAGUGCCAAAGGCAGGGAUAGGGAUGAAUGCAACCCUUGUCAGUCCCUUCCAUAGUGGCUAAUCAGAACACUAGUCAUUGUUAGAUUUUUGAUGUUUUUUACAUAAUAAGUGUCAUAUUUUAGCAGUGUCUUGUACAAUUGUCUUCUUUGUCUUCAUAUACAGACACAUUUAUUUAUGACAAAAAAAAUACUUUUAGUCUGUCCCUAGUCAAUCUGGUGUCAAGAUAGGGGUUAGAAGUUCAAGUCCUACCGUAAGAAUCUAGCAUGCAUAUUAUAUAAUGUUUGAACGGAAGGAAUAAAUAAAAAAAAAAUUAUCAAGUUCAUUUCUAAUUUUCUUUAAGAACUUGUACAUGGCAAUGAGAAUUCAUAAUACCCCAACUAUUUGGAGGUCAAAAGCUUUAUACAAAACAAUACACCACUGAUUUCUGCUUUAAAAAAUAAGAGCAUCAAUGCAUCAUCCAAGAGUACAAUAACGACAACAAAAAUCAUAAAGAUCCAUGUUCCAUUGAUUAACAGUAACCUAACACAACCCUUCAUUUUUAUAUUUUUCAAUACGAUCUUGGGAAUUAAAUCAACAAGAAUAAACAAGCCAACAAAAAUGCAUCAUCCAACAGUAUGCAGAUUAAAUCAACAAAAAUCAAUGUGCAAACAUAAUACCUAGUCCAUGCUAAAUAUUUGAGCAUGUAACCCAUUCCGGGUGAUUAGUAGAAUGUUGUACACUCGUUCAGUCUCAUAAGAGCAAGUCAAAUCUUGAAUGAGCUUUACCUUUUGGCACACACUCAUUUCCCAUAAGAUAUUUUACCUGAAAGGAGGAAAUCUGCUAAGAGAAUCAGAUGCUUGUCUUUUACAUCUUUGGAUUCUACUAAUUAUCGUCAAAUGUUGAUUGUUGUGAAUUUCUGUCUUAAAUGAGGCCUGAUUGUUUUUGGAGUAUAGUCAUGUUACUUUUUUGGAUAUAUAUUGGCAGUAAAUAUCUUAGGUGGUUUUCUGAGAAAUUGGUGUCUAUUACUUUCUGUACAUUCAGAAAGUGUUCCUGGUAUCAUGUGUAUCUUUAUCUAUGAGCACCAGUACUUUAUCAAUAUGAAUUACCUGAGAGACUCUUUUGAAUAACUUAGUCUAUAACUUGUCAUGACAAUCUUUGAUUGUUAAAAAUUCAAAUGGCUUAAAAAUGAGAAACAGAAUAAUUGUAAGUUUCACUUGGAUGUUGUUGUUGCAUUAUUGGUGGUCACAUGGGUUGUUUAAGUCGCCAGUGGAAUUGAAUUACUGAUAGAGAAUCCUUGUGCUUAGUCGGUGAACUAAGUCAUUUUGAACAUCACCUAGGUAACCAAUAACGAAAUGGAUGCUUAUCAAAUAUGGAGAUUCAAGGAUAUUUCUUAUUUUAUUUGUAUGGUAAUUUUUUUUUCCUUUUUCUUUUUUGAAGUAUUGAGAUGGUUAGGCGGAAAACUCAGAUUUUUGUCUUUCAAUUUGAAUAUUUGCCUCUCAUUUAAGAUAUGUAGGUUAUUUGCGGGUUCUUGAAGUCAAGCGUGUGGUUACUUAUACCACUUAUUACCCACCUUUAACAUGUGCAUGUUAACCAAACUGCGUAGCUAUUGCUGAGUUGGGACACCAUGGACAUGUUAACCAAACUACACAGGUAAUGCUUGGUUGGGACAUCAUUGUUAUUAUUGACUACUGAGAACGGUCAUUAAUGUAGUUUCAACAAGUUUCAACUUGCUUAACUGGAAGAAGAAGCUUGCCAAAUGGUCAUUAAUGUUAGUGUUAACAAGUUUCAACUUGCUUAACUGGAAGAAGAAGCUUGCCAAAUCUAGACGAUUGUCCACGACUUCCUAGGAAAUGCAGACUCUGUGCAUUGUUCUAGCAUUAGAAUGGAACUCUUUCUGGUUUGAAUUUUGUCCGGCUAAUGUGGUCCCAAGCUAAGAGGAUUUCAAUCUGUAACGGGGAAAAUUGAAGUCAUGUAAAUUUUCUUCUCUGGAUAGGGCUCAAUUAUAUCUGCUUCUGUUGUUAGUCAGACAGGAACCUUUGGCCCUUUUCCUGUCUGAUCAAUUCCGAAGAGUUUCUUUGAUGUGAUGAAAUAUAUUCCGAUCUUUUAAGUCCAUAUAUAUGUACCUGUGAUAUGUUUUCCCUGGCUGCAAUACAACCUACACAAUCUUCUCUGGAACAAACAUUUUUUCUCUAGAGGAAUUGUUAUUCCCUCCGACCUGGCCUUAUUACAUAU